CCCAAGAAAGAGGCAGGGUGUGGCAGCAGUUGCGGCAAUAUUUCUGAUUUUUCUACCAACAAGUAGGGGAGAGUUCAUUCAGCCUUCCCGAGAGGGGGCUGGUACUUUCGUUCUAAAGCUCUUGUUUCCUUGGGGAACAAAAUUGCUAGACGCAAGAGGUGCGUAGUCUUUCGUCUUCCCCGCUCCCUCUGAGGGCCAGAAGGGGUUAAAUCUCAGGCUCCAGCUUCAAAGGGAGAAGUUAUAAUUAUUCAAUAUGUUUCCACUGACUGAGAAAAACAAGCAUGUGGCCCAGCUGUUGUUCAAUACUGGUACAUGUCCAAGAUGUAUCUUCAGAUUCUGUGGUGUGGAUUUUCAUGCACCUUACAAACUGUCCUACAAGGAGUUGCUCAAUGAACUACAGAAAUUUCUGGAAACUGAGAAAGGUGAAUUAAAUUUCGAAGUUCCAAACCCACCUCCCAAGAAAAUGCGACUACAUGAAUUAGAAGAUGGGAUUGAUAAUCUGAGUCAAAACGGAGAGGGAAGGGUCUCCGGUAUUGAAGAGGGAAGCAUUACUUCCAAGAACUCAAAUUUAAAUGUGUGCAACGUAUGCUUAGGAAUUCUCCAAGAAUUCUGUGAAAAAGAGUUCAUUAAAAAGGUGUGCCAAAAGGUUGAGGCCUCUGGAUUUGAAUUCACCAAUUUAGUAUUUUCAGUUUCCUUCCCACCACAGCUAUCCGUAAGAGAGCAUGCUGCAUGGUUGCUGGUAAAACAGGAAAUGGGAAAGCAGAAUCUAUCGCUGGGACGAAAUGACAUAGUUCAACUAAAAGAAGCCUACAAAUGGAUAACUCAGCCCCUGUUUUCAGAGGAACUGGGUGUUCCCAUUGAUGGAAAGAGCCUGUUUGAAGUGAGUGUGGUCUUUGCUCACCCAGAAACAGUUGAGGAUUGCCACUUCCUACGUGCAAUAUGUCCAGAUUGUUUCAAGCCAGCCAAAAACAAACAGUCAGUAUUCACUAGAAUGGCAGUUAUGAAAGCUUUGAAUAAGAUAAAAGAAGAGGAUUUCCGCAAGCAGUUUCCUUGUCCUCCAAACUCACCAAAGGCUGUAUGCACUGUUCUUGAAAUUGAAUGUGCUCAUGGUGCUGUUUUUGUGGCUGGGAGAUACAAUAAAUACUCCAGGAACCUACCACAAACUCCUUGGAUAAUUGAUGGAGAAAGGAAGCUGGAAUCUUCAGUGGAAGAAUUAAUUUCAGAUCAUCUUUUGACAGUAUUCAAAGCAGAGAGUUUUAAUUUUUCAUCCUCUGGAAGAGAAGAUGUUGAUGUGAGAACAUUAGGAAAUGGAAGGCCCUUUGCAAUUGAGCUGGUGAAUCCUCAUAGAGUACAUUUCACUUCACAAGAAAUUAAGGAACUUCAGCAGAAAAUUAAUAACUCAUCUAACAAAAUCCAAGUCCGUGACUUGCAGCUUGUCACAAGAGAAGCAAUAGGACACAUGAAAGAAGGUGAAGAAGAAAAGACCAAGACCUAUAGUGCCUUAAUAUGGACAAAUAAAGCAAUGCAGAAGGAAGACAUUGAAUUCCUAAAUGACAUAAAGGACUUAAAGAUAGACCAGAAAACACCUCUCCGGGUCCUUCAUCGGAGGCCCCUGGCUGUAAGAACUCGCAUCAUUCACUCCAUGGAGACAUGCUAUGUGGAUGAGCAUCAUUUCCGCCUCUACCUGAAGACGCAAGCUGGAACCUACAUUAAAGAGUUUGUACAUGGAGACUUUGGGAGAACCAAGCCAAACAUUGGCUCUCUGAUGAAUGUGACUGCAGACAUUCUUGAGCUGGAUGUUGAGUCUGUAGAUGUAGACUGGCCCCCUGCUCUGGAUGACUAGCUUUCAAAUUUGGAAACAGUAGGGUUUUCGUGACACGAUGUGGACGUCUGUUCAGCAUACACUGUAAAAUGGCUGUUUACUCACCAUAGCGGUGUCUUGGAAACUGUUUGGAUCAUGUUGAUCUAUUUAUUUUUAAACUUGUAACAUCUCAGGAUCCGCAUACAGUAUGUGUAUAUUGUGCUUUUCAUUGUUCUAAGGAUGUCUUAUGAUUUUUCUUGUUCCUUCUCCAAACCCCACGAGCCAAACUAUGAAUAAUGAAACCAUUUGCUAUCUUAAUUCUUUCAUUUAGAGAGGUACACAAACAGGAUACAUUCUUGGAUAAUCUUAAGCUGUAAUUUCUUCCGCAAAACUUCCCUUCACAAGAGAAGUACCACCUUUAAAAUCAUGUUCUAAAUUUUUUUAAUGAUGUUAAUAAGCUAUACCUAUAUUUAUGCAGCACAGUAUCUUAUAAUAAGAUAUCAAAUGCAAAUCUGACACCAUUAAUGUUUUCCCCAGUAAGCUUCUAGCAAGCUAUUACCAAUAGAAGUACUUCUGGUAUGAUUUAUCACAAAUGCUGAUGGCUUCAAGUUACUAUUUUGACAAUCUAAAAUUGUCAAUGCCUUUCCUGGGAGGGAAAGUAAAACCUUAGGAAUCGAGGCAUACCAUGGUAAGAGACUUUAAUAAAUCUUUUAAAUAAGUAGAUACAAGUGCCUUCAAUAACUUCAAUGCCAGGGAUAAGAUUUUGAAAAAUUGAGAUUGCCAAACAAAGGCGAGCUGAUACUAUUCCGGAGUGCUUCAACGUAUUAUCUAACCUCAAACAUCCUCAUCAGGUAGACAGGAUACCAUCAUCACCAUUUUAUAAAUAUGAAAACCAAAGAAUAGAAGUUAAAUGAUUUAGCCAAAAUUGUUAGUUACUUUCAUAUCUAAGACUAGAACUUAACUUUCCUGGUCUGUAGGUCCUUUCUGAUAAACUUUAUUAUUUAGUACAUACUGUAUGAAGGCGGUAAUUGAGGAUGUCAUUUACAUGCACCUAACCAUGAGAAUUGACUUUUGGAAUUUACAUGCCAAAUCAAGAAGCUUACCCAAAAAUAGCCCAAGUAUAUUUCAUAUGAUCUCACAUGAUUACCAUUUGUUAGUAAGUUAAUCAUCAGUUGGCACUAUGAAGAGGAAAAAGAUUAAAUUAGCAAAAUCUGAAGAAAAUGUCUGAGUCAUUAAAAUUUUCAGAAAGGAAUCUCAUUAAAAUUUCACACUGAUUCCUGUCACCCUGAUCCAACUAUCUGAGCUUAUUUUAGAACAUGUGUGACUUGGAUAGUAUUGGAUCACUGUUUCCUUCUGUACAUUAAACAUAAUUCAUAAAUACUACAAUGUAUUAUUCACUACAGAAAUCAGGAAAAUGGUUUAAUUGACAUGAAAUUCAUUAUGUGAAUAAUAGCAACAAUUUUUUUCACUCUUUUCAA